UAAUACAGCUAUAGUUUUUAAUUAAUAAUUAUUUUAAGUGUGUUUUUAACAGACCAACUACACAAAUAAUUAAAUAAAUCACUGACCAAGCUUGUAAUAUGAAAUCUAAGCCAGAUUUAUCCAGUUUAACCAUCGAAGAACCGCAUCAUAACGACGAAAUAAAUGCUUACGUGCAAGCUGUUGAAAACUUCGAUGAGGAGAAUGCAACUUUGACGGAAGAUUUGGAAAAAUAUUUAAAUCACGUCGCUAAAACUGGACACAUAUUGGGGACAUGGAAAAAGGUCCAAAAAGUUUUUCUAUUAAAAAUGAAGCAGACAAUGAAUGAAUUCUUUGAGAAGAAUCCUUACAAAGCGGGGAAGAUUAAUCCGAAUUGUGAAAACGAUGAUUAUCAUGAAAUGAAAGAUCGGCUGAUUACUUUGAUUGAUGAUUUUGACAGUCCUCCUUUUACGUUCCAACGACUGUGUGAGCUCAUCACAAAUCCAAAGAAGAAUUAUUCGAAAUGUGAAAAGUUUAUGCGAGCUGUUGAGAAAAACCUGAUGGUUGUCACAUCGUGGUCGUAUUCUAACAUAAAAAGAACAUCAGACACCCCAUGUAAAGUAAACGGAACAUUUGAUUCACAAACUCAUUACACAAGUGAAAGCACAUGGUCUUCACUCCCUCCCUCACCAGCUCUUACAACAACUGCCCCGAAAAUACCUGAUGUCACAGUAACCUAUUGUGAUGAAACUAAGAAGAACAAUGAAGGUCAAAGUUCAGACAAUACAACAAAUAAUGAAGCAAUCACUUCCAGUACACAACUUAUUGAAGAUAAUGCAAAAGAUGGAGCAAAUCCAAAUAAACAGCCAGAUAUUAGGGCCGAGAAUGAGGUUGCAGUAGAUUAUAAUAAAACAUCAGAAGUUUUAUGCAGUAGUUCUAGGAAUGAGAGAAAUGAAAUAAAAGUAUCGCCUGAUAGAGGAGAGGGUGUUUGUGAGCUUGACAAGAACCCAUUACCAGGAGUUGAUACUUUGGUGGAAAAGCAUUCAAUUAUAAAGACUGAAGAAGUCCAAACAUCACUAGUGACAGAGGCUGCUUGUGGAGAUGUGUCGGACAAACCAAUUGAAACCCCCGCAGGUAUACUACCUGUUGUACAAUCACCAAAACGUAAACUCGUUCCCGAUAAUGAGGUUCAAAUGGAGUUAGGAAGCCCAACCAAACGUCCAAAACACGAUGAAGCAGCUGAUGGAACUGCACAAAUGGAAACCUCAAAUGAGACAACAAUUUAGAUUAAAAUUUUAUUCGUAUAAGAUGUUUUUAUAUUUUUCACCGUAUGUUAUGUGUUGCCAGUAUUUUAAACUAAACACUGGUCAUUUGAAAAUCACUCAGUUCUAGGAACAUAAAAGGACAGUGAUUUUAUUUAAUAUUUACCAAUUUAUGAUUCAAUUUAACUUAAAUCAUUGCCCAUUUGUCCAAUAAUACUGCCUUGAGUCAAAUAAAAAUUGUUCUUUUCUGUUCA